UUAUUUGUUUAGUGUUUUUGUGGAGUUCAUUGUUAUUUUCGUAUAGAUCCAAUAAUUUUAAUGGACAACAUCAACAAUGUCACCAACGUUAGUCCAGAUAAAAGAUCUAACGAUUUUACACCCCAUCCCGAAAACCUCACUUCAGAACACUCAACUUCGGAAUGUUCCACGGUUCAUCCCACAUCUGACGAUUCAACCUCGAACAGAUGGUCAUCAGAUCGAUUAAAUAAAGUCCGUAGGAGGCUGUGCUUUGACGAAACUGUUGAUUGUUAUGAUCCAUCGAAGUGGCUAGAAAAAUUUACCGAGACUGAAAAAGAGGUGAAAAGAAAUAAGUGGAAUUUUGAUUUCGAAAAUGAAAUACCGCUGGAUGGGGACUGGGUAUGGGAAAGAAUACCAACAGCGGAAUGCCCAAAAGCACAAGAUGUGGUGUCUUCUAUGAACAAUAAAAAUGAAAAUAGAAAUGUUUGAUAAAGAAAGCGGCAACUGGAGAUACAGCCAAAAAUAAUAAAAAACUAAAGAAGUACUAAUACAUUUCUUCUGCUAAUUUUAGGUAUUUAUGUUUGUCAUUAUUGGUCAUGUAAUAAAUAAUAAUAAAA